CGUUUGCCAUAUUGAUGUCGUUCCUUUCCUGGCCUGCUAUCAAAUAAAGCAGCACGUGCCAAAAUGCGUAUAGAAACAUGUUAUUUUUGCUCGUCCAGGAUUUAUCCUGGACACGGAAUUCAAUUUGUCAGAAAUGAUUGUAAGAUUUUUAGAUUCUGCCGAUCAAAAUGCCAUGCUGCAUUCAAGAAGAAGAAGAACCCGCGUAAAACUAAAUGGACUAAAGCCUACCGUAAGACCGCUGGUAAGGACUUGGCUAUCGACCCAUCCUUCGAAUUUGAGAAGCGCAGAAAUACCCCUGUUAAGUACAGAAGAGAAUUAUGGGCAAAGACUAUUGAAGCCAUGAAGAAGGUCGAAGAGAUUAGACAGAGGAGAAGUAACAACCAUAUUAUGCAGAGGCUAAGGAAGGGUCGAGAAGUUGAGUGGCAGCGAGAUGUCAGAGAAGUUCAGCGGGAUAUCUCACUUAUCAAAUCACCAGCAGCUGGCCUCAAACAGAGACAACUUGAAGAAGAAACCGAGAUGGACAUUGAACCCGAAACUAUUGAGGUUGUUGAUGCUAAGGGCCGCAAACAAGUCAUCGAGGCACCUGUCAUGGUACCCGCUACUGGAGAAAUGGUGGAAGAUGGUGGAGAUAUAGAAUUAUAAUAAUUUUAAUACAAACAUGUCAAAUUGACUGAUUUAUUUUGUGCACCGAAAGUUAUUUGUUUUGAUGAUGAAUGUGGUCUGUAUCUGUUAGAGGUUACAUCAACUGUUUAUUGCAAAUAUAGCUUAACAUUAUUAAAUGAGGAAUCUUUUGACAA